AUGGAUCCGAAUCAAGUAUUAGAUCAACAAUUUGAAACUGACUUUUAUAAUGAUUUCACAUCAAAUAAAGGUUUAAACAAUCAUCAACAAAAUGAUUAUGUUAUUACACCUGAAUCAAAUAAUAAUAAUAAUGGUACUCAGAAUCAAGAUCUACUAUCUCAAAAAUUAAAAGAUAUUAAUGAUGAAUAUUCCCAAUUAUACCCUCAUUUUAAUCCAGAUAAUGAAACAAAUUUUCAAUUGAAUGAUAUGGAUUUUGAUUUCAAUGUACAACAAACAAAUAUAUCACAACAAUUACAGCAACCUUUACAACAGCCUUUGCAACAUCACUUACAGCAACCGUUACAACAACCAAUUAAAAAUGAAGAUAAUAUGGAAGUUGAUGAUUCUCCUCCGUUUACAUUAGAACUGGAUCUUUAUUUUGAUCAAGGAUUUGAUAAUAAUUCAAUAAUAACAAGUAAUAAUCUACCUGCAAAAGAUUUUGAUUCAAAUCGAAAUAGAUUAUCAGUAAUAAGUCAUCAUAAUUCACUGCUACGAAGUCCUGUUCAUCAUGACAGUCCUUACAAUGAAGGUUCAAGAGUUUCAUCAUAUCAUAAUGUACAAAAUGCAAUGGAAAAUAAUGUUUUUAUAAACAAUGGUAGAACAUAUUUAGAUAGUAAUGAUCAUCAACAUCAACAAUUUGUUGGGAAUCGAGUACGUAAUGGAUCAAUAGAUUCAUAUUAUGCAGCAAAUGCUAUUAAUCAAGCUCAUUUACAACAUAAAUUUAAUGAAUUAUCACCAUUAACUACAACCACUUCUAAUACUCAUUCUAUUUCAUCAGCUCAAUCAGCUCAACCAUCAUUUUUUUCCGCACAUCAAUAUCUUUCAAGAAAUUCAAUUGAUCAAACUCGUCCUUCACAAGAUCUUUAUGGUCGACCUUCAAUUGAAGGACAACCAUCACAACAACAAAGAAGAUAUAUAAGUUUUACAAAUUCCAUUACAAAUAUUAUACCUUUUAUGGGUGAUAAAAAUCAACAAAGAUCACCUCCCACUGUAGCAAAUCAAACUCAAUCUUUAUUCAACAAUAAUCAACAACAACAACCUCCACAACCAGCACCACCACCGCCACAAAAGCAUUUAAUAAAAUCAAUAUUCAAAUCACAACAAAAUGAACAACUAGAUGAUUCAGUUAUGUUGACUGAUAGUUUCUUACUUAUGAGUCCUACAAAAGAAGAACCAGAAGAAGAAACACCUAAAAAGGUAAAAUCAUCAAAAAGAAGUUUAUUUACAAGAUUUAAAACCAAUAAAGAAGAGGAAGAACAACAACAAGCACCAAUAGUGGAACCAGUUCAAGAAUCAAGUGGUUCCUCUAUCAUGACAAGUAGUCAAGUUUUAGAACAUUCUACUUCAGAUUCAUCACAAACUAACGGGUUGGUUGAACCAGAUUAUGCAGCAUUAUUUGAAAAUGUAGGUAAAAGAAAACCACCUAAUAGAAAAAAAGUUAAAGAAGAAACUCCACAACAAUCAUCAUUUUUCACGAAAAAUAAAAAAACAACGACUGCCAGUUCUCAAAAUUCAAUUGGUGAUAGUGCUAGUGGUACCAAUAUAAGUCUUUCAUCAUCUAAUACUUCUGGUAUACAAAAAACUUCUACAAAUGAAAGUGGAGAAUCAACAUCAUCGAAUACACUACCUUCAACAACUACCACAAUGAUUUCAUCUACAACAAAAAGAAUAUUAGGAUCUAAAAUUAUGCCUAAAAACAAUAAAACGAAAAAAAGUAUAGUUAAAAAGGAAAAAAUUAUAGAUGAGGUUCCAAUUAUAGCAUCAUUAGAUACUCCAGUAGCAACAAUGAUUUCAGAAGGUGUUGAAGUUCAAGUUGAUUUAGCUUCAUUAGAUUUACCACCAGAUACAAAAAUUUUCCCAACAUCCAUAAUAAAUUCAAAAAAUAGAACUCGUGGUAGAAAAGAAAAUAAAGAAGCAGAUUUAAAUGAUGAAAGUAAAAUAUAUCUUUGUAAUUAUUGUUCAAGAAGAUUUAAACGUCAUGAACAUUUAAAACGUCAUUUUAGAUCAUUACAUACUUUUGAAAAACCUUAUGAUUGUUCAAUAUGUAACAAAAAAUUUAGUAGAUCAGAUAAUUUAAAUCAACAUUUAAAAAUUCAUAAAUUAGAAGAAGAAGAAGCUCAAGCUGCUAAAUUAAUUGAAAAUGAAUGA